CUACUCCAGCCAGCCUGUCCCAUCUGCGCACUGUCACUCCCCGCACACAGCUGGAUGGACAUGGCUGCGAACCGGGUCGGGAGAAGAUACAGCAGCAAAGUGCACUCACCCAACAGAGGCAGCGGCGGCCGCGAGCCCGGGCUGAGUGUGCAAAAGAGACAAGCCCGGGUCACCGUCAAAUACAACCGCAAAGAGCUGCAGAGGCGCCUGGACGUGGAGAAGUGGAUAGACGCGGGUCUGGAUCAACUCUAUGCGGGAAGGGAAGAGUACCUGCCGGAGGAGGUGAAUAUUGAUGAGCUCCUGGACCUGCAGAGUGAUGAGGAGAGGACGAAAAGGCUGCAGGACAUUCUCCAAACAUGUAACAACAAUACAGAGACAUUCAUUACAGAGCUAGUCCUAAAACUUCAUGGGCUUCAGAAACAGGAGGACCUCCACAAUGACGGAAUUGAACACGCUCAGCUCCACAUCUUCCCAAACCGCCAGGGAUCCCCCGACACUGAGAUCCACUGAGAGAAGCACCUGCUUAAACACGCCACCAACAGUCUUCAGUAUUUUAACACAGACUUUACCCUGAAACGCAUGAAGAGCAUCCAGAGGGAGCUGUUCCAGAGCCCAGUUUGUACACACACACACACACACACACUUAUUGACACACCUUAACAGACUUUCAGCAGGGCUAUCACAGCUUCACUGUAAAUAUCAGGUCAGAAAAGGGAAUUCAGAAAUAUUGUCAGUCGUCACAUUAUUUUUUUUUUUAUUAUUAAGUCUAUUUGUUUGUGUUUUUAACUAUUUAUUUGUACAGUAUCAACAGUUUGUACACAUUUCCUUUAGAUGAUCUCAGUAAGACACUGGUCCCUGUAGCGUAUAUGCCACAAUAAACAAUCUGGGUCUUUUUAAUUAAGAGGUAUUUGAACAUUUCUCCCAUUUUUCACUUAAUUUAAAUCUGAGUUUAUAAUAUGUAAGGUAUAUUAUGGUGUACUUAAUAAUUUGUCUGGCAUGGACCUGUUCAUUUACUAGUAACAGUAAUUAUAUAAAUAUAAGGAAUAACACUUCAAAGCAAGAUUCUAAAAUAUAUAUCAUAGAACAAAUACAUCUAUAAUAUUUAGAUGGUUAAUUAUAAUUAUAAAAUAAGAAUGCAUUGUAGAACCUAACAUUAUGCAAUCUGUUCUUUAUAAUUAUUUAAUAAUAACUUAAAAAUAACUUUAUAGUUAUUUGGUACAUAAUUGCUAGGGGUGCACCAAAUUUUUCAGCAAAAUAAAUUGUUCAGCCAAAAAUGGUAAAAAAAAAAAAGCACUUGAAUAAUUUAUAAUUAGCUAAUAAUUCAUAAUGAAUAAUAAUAUAACUGUGGUAUUCUGAGUUUAAUAACUCAAGAACAGAAUAAUGUACAGACAUGAUACACUUUUCAUAUUAAACAUCAAGAUGUAUUCAGGCCGUUGUAACAAAAUACAUUUAUACAUUUUACAGUGUGGGACCAAAGACCAUGUAAGCAUCACCAUUGCUUCAAACCUUAUUUUUGUUUGUAUUGUUGUUUGCUUUUCUAUUUUUCUUCCUGGUUAUUAUUAUUAUUAUUAUUAUUAUUAUUAUUGUGCAAAGUGAAAUGUUUACCCUGCUUAAGAGUGUUAUUCAGCAGGCAACCUAUUCACAUCUGACUCAAAAUUUAAGUUAUGUUUUGGUUAGAAUGAAUAUAUUGUAAUUUGUGUAUUUAAAGUGAUUGUGAGUGUUGUCCUCAAUCCUGUGUCUAUGUUCAUUUCUCUUAUUGAACGUGUACAGUAUAUCCUGUCCUUUUUUUUUCAGUUUAAAUCAUGAGCUAUUGAUUUAUUGGUUGCUGCUACGUUAUUAUCCGCUUGAAAUCACACUCAAAUGAACAUGAUUGUGUUUUAAAUUUCUGCAGAAUAUUUAAUAGCUGAUAGCUGAAGAUGAUUGAGUUGAUUGGCGGUAAUUGAUCUGAGGAACAGAUCAGACCAGUUCAGUUUUUUUUGUGUGAGCGCAAUCUUUAAGAAAGAAAUCACUUAUCACUUGUAUAAAAAACAGUUACUAAUUAAAAAAGAAGGUGUCAUGCUUAAGCAUGUGUCCUAAGAAGCCCAUUUUUCCAGUCAGUGUUUGAUGUAACAUCCUCAGGGUUUUUUCUACCCAUUUGAUCUAAAAGACCUUUUUAAAAUUGAUUUAUAUUUUUUAUUUUUAAAUAUUUGGUAGGUAUGGAUUUGCUUGUUGAAACACUUGGACGUUUUUCCCUCAAAUAAAGAGUUUGGAUUUCAA